AUGCCUAUAAAAACGGCCAUCGCCCCUCGCCGGUUCCCUCUUGUGCUCAUCACUCCCUCGAGGUUUCUUGCUUCCUCAACCACCCCUCUAUCUCCCACCCCGCUCUCCGCCCUCCUCAGUCGAUCGCUGCCAAUCGGCACACCUUUCGAUCUGUCACCAACUAUAUUCUCGCCUACCGCAUAGCUCGUUCAUCGUGCCUUGCAUCUCAAUUCUCCAGCGACACUACGAGGAAGGCUACCAGUCCAGCGACGAUGAGACGCGCAGCAUAGCUGAUACUGAGGCAGACAGCUUGUUCGAUAGCUGCGACGAUGAGCCUGACGUUACCAAAGUUUCCAACCUUACAAGCGUGGCAGCUGAGCCCGUCAGCGACACAGAAGAUGAUGCCUCGCCUUUCGAGGACGAAGUCCGGCGCCCUCCAGAAUAUUACCUUGCUGCGGCAGCAAAGCUCGAUGUACGGCGGCUCAGGUCACGUCGGUACAGUCCCAAUACCCAAGAUCGGCUUGACUGGGUGAAGGAGCAGCACGAUUGGUAUGAACUAGAUAUAGAUCAAUUUUAGGAAACUUGUGCUAACCUCACUCUAUCUGUAGCUACUGUACAUUUAUUAGACAAGAUCCGUUUCAAUGCUUCAAUACGGUCUCGGCCGAAUUCCUUCAUGGUUUCUUCAGCUGGGUUUGCUACCAACGACGGGGGAAGGGCGGACGAAGGCGACCUGGAAUCAAACAUACAAGCUCUCUAGGAAAGUUCUGUAAAUGGUACCAGCUAGUAUACAAGUGCGAGACUGGUCGGAAGAUUGAUGAUAUGGUCCAACUUCAAGGUCAAGAUGUAAGCAUAUCUUUCAAUUCUCUUCUCAUUAUCUAGAAUCUAAAGCUAACGUAACCUUUAGGUUAUUAGGCUUGUGGCUGACGAAAAGGACCUGGCCAAUACAAAGCGGGAGAGCGCUACGAUGUAUGUCGAAGAUCUGGCCGAGUUUGCUCGCGUACUCCUUGCUACAAGAGAGAUGACUUUCGAGAUCGGCUGGCUUCGCAUUCAACUGAUUUUGUUUUGCCAGCUCGCAGGGAUAACUGGUAAUCGACCAGAGGCGCUUGUGAAUCUCCGUUUUCGACAUUUCAAAUUUAACCUGAUCCGAGACCCAAAUGGAAGCCGUCCUCGACUCUUUAUUGAGCUAACAGCUGAGUAUACGAAGGGCUAUCUCGGCUCGAAAGACGCGUACGUGAAGUCUGCUUAUAUUUUUGCUUUAGUCUACUAACUAACCCUUAAGCAAUACCUUCCCCAUCCCGGAGAUUAUCUUCGACCCAACUCUAGUACCUAGCCCUCACGUCUUCCUACUUGGCAUGCUAUUCAAAAUCCAAGCCUUCAAGUCCCCGAGUAUUAUUUCCCCAGAGAAGCUAUAUAGCCUCGAGGUCCUGGAUGGAACAAAUGAGCAACCGUUGCCGUUGAAAGAGGAGCUGGAUGAUAAUUUUAUCUUCUGUCAGGCUGUCCGUGAAGCGCACGGCGUCCGCAUUGCUCAUAAAGUACAGGUCACCUCGGAUUCAGUACGCUACCGGAUGAAGAUAGGUGGUCAGAUCACCGGCUUUGCUGCUGUGACAGGGCCUUAUAAACUCCGUGAUGGGGCCGCAAAGGCCUUGAACGAGAGCCGUAAGUGCCAAUACUCCUACAUCAUAGUUUUCAUACUAAUAUAGUAUGGCCCUCAUAGCGGAUGUUAGCGAGUCCCUACAGAAUCUGAUCCUACAACAUUCUAGCAUCGAUACUUUCCUCAAACACUACCUCGAUCGAAGGAUCACUGCCGAUGUUGCUAAGAUUUACCGUGGUAUGAAGCCAGAGAAGGAUUUGAUGAGAUUUGCAUGUUCAAUGAGCCGGUCAAUUGAUCCCCGCCGUCCAUGCAAGUUGACCACAAAGCAUUCCACAUCUGUCAAUCGCCUGCCAUGUAUUGUCAAAUUAAUUGGGCGGGCGAAAAAAUUUGCAGAAGCUCCACUGGAUACUCAGAGUAACGAGAAGCACCAGAAAGCCUGUCGACGCGUCACAAAUGAGAAACAGCGGCAGCGGAGGAAGUUGCUUGUCCAGAUUGUAGACCGAUUUAAGAAGGAGCAGCCUGUGAUCGAUAGCGAGCGACAGUUGUCCGGAAAGGUAGUCCACGAGGAGACUCGAGAGGCAUUACAGCGGUCAGAUCAAAUGACGCCGGAACAGCUCCUCCUAAUAGACUCUAUAUUGAAUCUGCCCGAGACGACGCUAGAAAAGGAACACCAACGGAGGAUCACAGCUAUCAAUGCUGUGACCGCAUACUGUGGCGUGGAGGAGGGGACACCCAGCCGUCGUGUUCAAAUAGGUCAACCCGCAAACGACAUGACCGUCAAACCCGAAAACUUAAUAGCACUAUCGUCGGAAAGUAUAUUGCGCAAGGCGGUAUUAUCGAUCAAGACAGACAAGAGGCCAACCAUGUGUUUCCUAUGCGUUGGAAAUCCGAAUCUAACAACGCGUGAGAGGGUUGUGUCAUAUGCAAAUCCCGGUUCUUUAAGUAGGCAUUUUUUGAGGAAGCACGUCAAGAAGCUGGAAAAAGGCAAUCAUGUUGAAUGUCGGGUUUGCAAUAUCAGCCUCAAAGAUCGAAUCGCGUUACUUAUUCAUGCUGAGAAGUCUCAUGGAACAAUCUCACGGGGUCCAGCUGAGAAAUUGAUCAGGCCUGCUUAA